AUACAUUCGAAGAUGUCCAAAAGGCGCGUGUUGCUAUCCUCUUCCCCGCCUUCCAUCCCUAUCAACAAAACACCAAAGUUUAUACUAGUACUAGUAUAAAGAAAGGGACCAAAAAGGAAGGGAUAGGAUAUACAAAGCAAAGUAGCCAACAAGAAAAACUUGGAAUCUCAAUAACCUCUCCCCUUGUCUCUUCACAUAUAUAGUUUCUAACGCAAAUUCACAUAGCAUGCAACUUCAAAACCCUAAAUCCUAAUUCCCAAACCACAGAAUCAGCUGAACUAUUUGAUUGAAAGUUUAUUUAGAUUUGAUAAUAAUAUUAUGUCUGCAAUUGUUUAUGGCAAGAGAUCAUUCUACGAAGAUAUACAAUCGGCGCCUGUUUCAAAGAAGCUCCGGUGUUCCUCUACCUCUCCGACUCGAUUCUCGCCCCCGCCAGCUGUCAUCGAUCAGCUUAGAGCUUUGUUUCCUGAUAUAGACACUCAGCUUCUUGAGAAAGCCUUGAAGGAAUGUGGCAAUGAUUUGGAUGCUGCUAUUAGGAGACUGCGUGAACCUCAUCUUAGUCAUGCAGAGGGGAAGGCAGUUACUGCCUCAGAAGCUGAUGGAGAGAUGGAUGGUGGUAUGUAUAAAUGUAUAGAGAACACUGCUUCUGUCCCAAAUAAUCUUCCGGCUGAUGGCGCAGACUGGGUGGAGUUGUUUGUGAGGGAAAUGAUGAGUGCUACAAGCACAGAUGAUGCUAGGGCUCGUGCGACAAGAGUGUUGGAGAGCUUAGAGAAAUCCAUUAGUGCUGGUGCAAGUGCAGAAGCAGCUCAAAAUAUUCAGAAGGAAAAUAUGAUGCUGACGGAGCAAAUAGAAAUGAUUCUGCGAGACAAUGCCAUUCUGAAACGUGCAGUGUCCAUCCAACAUGAACGUCAGAAGGAGUACAAUGAUAGGAACCAGGAAGUGCAGCAGCUGAAGCAGUUGGUUGUUCAAUAUCAAGAGCAAUUGAGAACUCUAGAGGUCAACAAUUAUUCUUUGAAAAUGUAUUUGCAGCAGUCUCAGCAAUGCAACUCUAUCCCUGGACACUUCCAUCCAGACAUCUUCUAAUAUUGAAACGUUUUCAAAUUAGGAGAUGGAACCUAGAAAGAGAUCAAGUCUGUUGGCAUCUUAGCUGUGAUAUAGGAUGUCCAACUAAAUUUGUAUUAUAUCUGUUAGUAGUCUCUGAGUUACAAGGUUAUGUUGAGUUGAGCUCACUGGUGAUAAUGAUCUGACACAGUAGCAUAGGGCAUCAUCCGGAUAGUAUGGCCUGAAGAGGAGUUGUUGAGUGAUGUAACAAAGCUGAUUUAAUUUCCUGUGCAAAAUCAAUCAGUUCAUAGCCUCUUCCUUUA